UAGUUAUUCAUGUGUUACUCGGUUGGUUAUAAGUAACUUAUAAUAGUAAUCUUUGACCGACCAAGUAACUCUUUAAAUAAGUAACCCUUGAAUAAGUAAUUUCGUUUUUUUUUUUAUAUUAAUAAGCACCUUUAUAAUAUAACUUUUAUUAACUCAUUAUGUUAUACACUUAUACUGAUACUUAUAUAAAGUAUCACUUAAUCUUAAUUAACAAAUAAUGUAAGUUGACCGUAUUAAAAAAAAAAAAGUAGUUCACAGAUUAGGUAGCUAAUUACCCCAAACAAAAACAACUCACAAACACUAAUCCCCCUCACAAAUCCCAAAAUUGAUUAGGCGCCACUUUCUUUUUUAAUUAGCCGCCACUUAUUAAACAAUUUACCAAAACCUCAAAAUUCUCCUCAAAAAUCAGAAACCUUCCUAUUAAUUUUUUUUUUUCAGAAACCUUGUUUGCUUAAGGCAAAACCGUUCUUUCGAAGGACCCUAAUUCGAAGAUUCGUCUAACGCUCAGAAGAUCAAUUCUUGGACAAAAUUUCAAAUGAAUGAGUAUGAAAAAAAGAGGCUUCUUACAAUAGCAGCCAACAAAAACAGACUUAAGUCGUUGGGCAUAAAAAGAAUCGCAUCUUCUUUGACAAGCUUGGUUGAAGGGACAAAAAAAAAAAGAAAAAAAAAAGGAAAAAAAAUUGCUGGCAUGGAAGAUGGUGAAUAUGUUCCCACUAAUGAUGAGCUUGAGGAUCGGGAACGUGAAAUAGAACCUCAAAUCAGGUUUACAAGAAAGGUAUAAUAUGAACUAAUAAGUAUGAUUUAUUUAGUUUUUCAACCAACCUCUAUAGUUCUGGUAAUUUUUUGUUAAUUAAUUUUUAUCAAGCUAACAUAAGACAUUUGAGGGAAGGAAACAAAAAAGACAAUUUCAUUCCACCAAACUCAGUGGCAAAUUUUCUUAAGACGAACAAGAAAGCAUAAAACACAAUGGCCAUGGAUAUCUUAGAAAAAGAAAACGAUGAAAAAAUUGGAGAAACAAGGGAGAAUAAUAACACCGCUAAGGGGGGCUAUGAUGAAGAAGGACGACAGAUUGGUCAACCACUUGAACUUGAAGAUGCAUCUUUGGAUACUGAACCAUUGAACGACAAGGAACUCAUGACUGUACCAGAGAAUGAGGAACUUAACAUUUCAUCAGGUGCUGCUAAAAAAAAAGAGGAACGGUAUAUUGUAGAAAGCUUACCCUGUUACCUCCUGGGGAAAAACUGAAUGUGGAGUUUGACGAUGAUGGUGUGGCUAUUGGUGAUAAUGCUUCAUUAUUUUCUUUCUUCUUGGGUCAACAAGUUCGAAAUAAAGCUAUAUGUUCGGUACAAGUUAAAUGUUGGGACGAUUAUAAAUCUGAAACAUUAGACCAUUUGUGGGCUUGCAUCACGGAGAAGUGGUCAUUUGAUGACCCUGAAAAUAGGCGGGAGUGUGUUAUGAAACAUGCACAACGUUUAUUCAGAGGUGCUAGGAGCAAAUUGAAAUCAAAGUACUUUAAUGAUAAAAACUUGAAAACAAAAGAAGAUCGUCUCAAAAAUAAGCCUAGUCAUCUGACUAAAGUGGAAUGGAAGUUCUUGGUUGACUAUUGGAGUGAAGAGGCGGUUAUGGAGAAGAGCUAAAAAGCAAGUAAAAGUAGGGCACAACAGAAGAUGCCUCACUAUAAUGGCACUAAAAGCUUCGGUCGCACUAGACAAGAAAUUAAGAAGAAUGGCGGGAAGUGUUCUCGAGUUGAUGUAUUGGUUGCAACUCGUACAAGAAAAUCUGAGAAGGCUGUGAAUGCAAUCAAUUUGGCAAAUAACACUCAUGCAGUAGAUGAGAUAAACAAAUUAAAAGAACAAAGAGAGAAAGGUCUUAAUGAGAAAACAGAUGAGCAAAUUAUUCAGGAUGUGCUUGGCAAAGAUAUACAUGGGUAUUUGAAAGCAUAUGGACCUGGUAGAAGUAUUACGCAACAUUUUAAAGUAAAGCCCUCUCGAAUUGAUCUUACUCAAGAGGUGAAUGAAGUUAAAAAGAAAGCAGAUCAAGCAAUUGAAGAUGCAAGAAAAGAAGCUGAAAAUGCUAGAACAGAAGCAGAACAGGCUAAAUUAGAAGCUGAACAAGCCAAAAAAGAGGCGGAAGCUGUUAAGAAUGACGUGGACAGAAAAAUUGCUGAUAAUAAUGCAGUUUGGGAGAAGAAGUUUAGUCAACUUCUGGAUUUUCUUGGAGCAGGAAGUUCAUCAGGUUCUGAUGAUUCAGGAUGUCAAGGUUCAAAGGAAUGAAGACUUUGGUGAAGAGUCGGAAGGGCUCAAUGUCGUUCAGCAGCACAUCAUAUCUCACAAAUGCUCACAUAUGAGAUCCCCUAUUAAACUUGACUGGUUUUACGCUUCGAACAACAGCAACAAAUUGAUAUUUCUGGCCUUAUCAACUUCAGCUCAACAGAUCAUGUUAAGUUAAAGUAGAAGACAUGAACAUAAUUAUAGAUUGUAUUAAUCUAGUUUUUAGCGUAUUAUAAACACAAAUAAAAUAAAAGUUGUAACUUUUGUGUAUUUGUAUGUGAUUCUGCACUAAUUUCGCUUUAAUUAAUGCAAUUUUUUUUAUUAUACAA